GGGAUUCGUUGCAACGCCCUGCUUGCAGCCUGCACCUAUCAGUACUGGUAAAAAAAACUCCUUUGGCCUACCGUAUCGGUAUUGUGUGAAAGUGAGAGUAGUCGGUAACCCUAAAAAGAAGGCAGGGAGGGGAGGGAUUGGUUGUUGUGGGGAUCGAGGGUGAUUCAACACGGCAUUCACCACGGCUGGAAGCGUUAUAUAUUCCUCCUCCCCUCCCCACACACAAUUUGUUCGCUCGCUGCUAGUCUUCAUCAGAAUACCAAAGAAAAUGUCGGAAACCAAAUUCAGAGUCGGUCUUUUCGAUUGCUUUGCUGAUCUUAAGCAAUGUAUGUACCUUCUAACCCCAGAGUCCGACUCUUUGUUAAUGUUGUAGGUCUCAUCGGGUGCUGCAUCCCCGGCUUAAGCUACUCGCAAACCGAUUUUCGCCUCUCCACAAACCCGUCUACACUUGAAGGCCAUGAGCCGAUAAACGCCACCUCUGUUGGCGCUUGCGGUCUCUUCUACGUCUGCGGUUGCGUAGGAUGUAUGUCCCCUCUCAACUUAGCCAUGAAUUCUAUUAAUGAAUCGCAGUUGUUCUUCCGUUCCUUCAUCGACAGAAAAUCCGACAGAGGUACAACAUCUCGGGUGAUGACCUGGGUGAUUGUUGCAUAACCUACUGGUGCCCCGCGUGCUCUUUGAUCCAGAACGAGAAAGAGGUGAGCAUCGCUACCUUUUUACCCUUUCGACUCCGGAGAAACACUAACCCUCGCAGGUUAUCCUAAGAGAGAGCGAAGCACAGGGUGCCAUUACGGAGCAACCAAAGGCUCCGGAAGGAAUGACAUAUCCCGCCAAAUGAGCGUGCUCGCGGUUGGCGUUAAUAAUUUGUAUGAUUCGGGAUUUCUGGGGUUAAGAGGAAGCUUUUUAAUGGGAAUAUAAUUACCUUUCAUUGUGUAUCGACCGAAGCCUGGUUAAUUCGGUAAAAAAAUCGUCCUUGAACAUGAUUCACCAAUGCUCCAGAGGACUAUUGUCAUUAUUUCGGGCCACCAGUAGCAAAUGAACCAACAGACCCCCUGACAGUGAUACUUCCCUCCCCCAUCAAUUCAUCGCACCUCAUUCAAGCGCAAACGGCAGAGAUAUCAGACCCUACUCCUUCUAAUCACCCCUUGAGAUUGCUUUUGAAUUGAUUACCAGUGGGAGGUAAUGUUUGGUACACCUUUCUCCGAACGAUCAUGGUUUGUGUCGCUAGCUUGACGGGGCGGUACUGCAUUGUACGGUCCCGGUGGGGAACUGAUUCUAUGGUAUCCGUCGCCCGAAGCAGCACUGUGCUGUGUG